CCAGGCCAGUUCGGACCAGUUCCUGGGCCAGCAGUCGGAGCUGGAUUGGCUAGGCAGCCGGACGUAUUUCGGGAGCAACUCGGUUCCAGCGGUUCCAGCACCUGGCAGAGCCCACAAGUCAAGCGGAAAAUGGAUGACGAUUCGGAUAUCUUCGAUGAAAUGUGGCUGGAAAGUGUGGUCAUUGCGGGCUUCCGAGUGUGGCACAUUAUCGCCGCUGUGCUCGGCGUCCUCCUCUUAAUAAUGAUUAUGGUAUGCUGCUGCAUUCGCUUCCGGAUUCCGCGCACCAAGCAGGAAAUCGAGGCCGACUACCAGCGCAAGCAGAUCACAAAGAAGUUCCGCGAGAAGCUGCAGCAGAUCAAGAACUCCGAAAUGGACGACAUGGACCUGCAGAAGGCACUUGCUUAUAUCAAAUUGGAACAGUACGAUGAUCCCUAGGGGCUCUGUAAAUUCACCCGCACCCUGUACAAACUAUCGGAAGUACUUAAGCAGAAAACUCUCUAUCGCAAAGAACACUGCCACUGUAAGUAGCACAUCUCAAAAGUACCAGUCGAAGCGCUCCUUGGCCCCAACUCAGCUCACCCAACCAUUGCUUUCAGUUUGUGCCCGCAUCCAGAGCGACUAUCUGAGUUUCCAGGCCAGCAUGGAGAGCAUGAACGCGAAGCAGAACGUUAAGUUUAAGAUCUAAGUUCGUGUACAGUUCGUGUGCAGCGGAGAUGGUAUACUUAAGCGAAAUAUUGGUCACAUAAUGUCUUAACUAAUGCAAUUAAAAACUAAUAAGCUAGAAAAUAAAGUGUUUUCGUGCGCCUCCAGCCAGAGAUUACAA